AUGGGAGUCGCAAGGUUUUGCCGGAUGGCUCUGCGCCUUUGGUGGGGAGUGAUCCUGGUCCUGGCACUAUCCUGCCACUUCUACAGUCCCAGCAGGCGGCGCCUGGUCCACUCCCGACUUUUGGCGAUCUACAGCUGGCUCAUAAUGGCCGCAAACUUGGUAUUAUUUUACGCAUACUAUAUAUGCUCCUCAACAUAUUUCGCGGAUGGCACUUUUGAGCAAGAACAACAACAAUUCAUGGAUCAGAUUUUUUACACCAACAUAGUGAUACAGUUUGUGUCGCUCAUAGUUCAGAUUUUAAUGCGAGUGCUACGGGAACGAGAGGUGUGCCAGGCGUAUAACGAGGUUUCCGAGAUUCUGGAGCAGGAACUGAACCACCAGGAGCCCAGUCGCUUCUACUGCAGGGCAUUCCUGAUCAAGAUCCAUAACUUUGUGAACAACUUCAACUUUGUGCUGAGCAUCCUACUGAUUUGGGGCACACGAUCCUUUGAACUGGCUGACAUUUUUUCGAAUCUGUACUUCGUCUACAACUCACUGACUCGGGAUGCCGCCCAGAUGGCCUACAUCCUGUUGCUUCUCGACCUGAGCGAGGCACUGCGUCUGAAUGGCCAGCGGAAGCAGAGAUCCUAUGGCCAGCUCAUGGAGCAGUUGCGCAGGCAGGAGCGCCUGUUGGGGAUUGGGAGGCGGGUUCAUCGAAUGUUCGCCUGGCUGGUGGCCAUCACCUUGUUUUUCCAGCUCUACUACAACACAAGCACAAUUUACCUGGGCUACGCCAUCAUUAUCGAGGGUCAGGGUGCACUGGGUAUGCCAAUCUAUUCCAUGAAGGUCCUAUUCACCGCCCUCUCCUUUCUGGUCAUCCUGGGAGACGGCCUGCUCCUGCAGAUCGUCUGCGAGCACCUGAUGGCGGAGGAGAACGAAGUCUGCACCAGUCCAAGACUCCGGCGGCGGGACGAGGAUGCCAAGGCGGCCCAUAGACAGUGGGAAUUGUCCGUUUUGAGAAGAGCCAUUAGAAGUGCCUCGCCGGAGAACGAAGUGCUGGGGAUGUUUACGAUGGACAUGCAAUGUGCCUUCGCUUUGAUUAGCAGCAGUUUGGCCAAUGGUAUUAUUAUCAUCCAGAUGGGCUAUGUGUAG